CAUCCUGGCCUCAUUCUGUACCCACUGCACUACCCCCAGUUCUGGUCAGCCUACGUCCCAUGCCAGACCCAGGACCGGAAUGCCAUACGCCAUACCCUGGAGCAGAUUGAUGUCAUUCGCCGCAUGUGUGCCUCCUAUUCUGAACUGGAGUUUGUAACCUCAGCUGAAGGUCUGAACAACACUCAAAAGCUGGCUUGCCUUAUUGGUGUGGAGGGUGGCCACUCACUGGACAGCAGCCUCUCUGUGUUGCGCACUUUCUAUCUGCUGGGAGUUCGCUACCUGACGCUCACCUUUAUUUGCAGUACACCCUGGGCAGAGAGUUCCACCAAGUUCCGAUACCACUUCUACACCAACGUCAGCGGUUUGACAAGCUUUGGUGAGAAAGUGGUAGAGGAAAUGAACCGCUUAGGCAUGAUGAUAGACUUGUCCUAUGCCUCAGACACCUUGGUGAGGCGGACCCUAGAGGUGUCGCGGGCUCCUGUGAUCUUCUCCCACUCAGCCGCCAGGACUGUGUGCAACAAUUUGCUGAAUGUUCCUGAUGAUACGCUACAGCUUCUGAAGAAGAAUGGUGGCAUCGUGAUGGUAACCCUGUCCAUGGGGGUGCUACAGUGCAACCUGUUAGCUAACGUGUCUACCGUGGCAGAUCACUUUGAUCACAUCAGGAAAGUCAUUGGAUCGGAGUUCAUUGGGAUUGGCGGAAAUUAUGAUGGGUCUGGCCGGUUUCCUCAAGGUCUGGAGGAUGUGUCCACAUACCCGGUGCUAAUAGAAGAGUUGUUGAGACGGGGUUGGAGUGAGAAAGAGCUUCAAGGUGUCCUUCGAGAAAAUCUACUGCGUGUCUUCAGACAAGUAGAACAGGUCAGAGAGGAAAGCAGUGCACAGAGCCCUGUGGAAGCUGAGUUUCAAAACAGGCAGCUGAGCAGGUCCUGCCACACCUACCUCCUUCCUCAGCCUCAGAAUAUACACACGACUACACACCAGGAGAAGACCAAGUGGCCAAGUAGUCAGUCCCUGCAGAAGCCCUCAAAAGCUUCUGCACAUCCAAUUCCAGGCCUUGUGGCUAUUGCUCUCUUCCCAGUCCUCAUCCUGUGGCUCUGGUAACCUGACCAGGACCCCCAGAAAUCACUGUGCAAAGUUCCACAAGGUCCCAGUCCUAGUUAUCCAGGCCC